GGUAGAAAAUGAAGAAGAAUUACUUGAUCUCCCACCUGAAUACGCGGAUCCAGCGAUCCUUGUUCCUAAGGUGGGAUAAAGUUUCAAGACUGAAAGAGAUGCUUUCAAUCUGUACAACAUCUAUGCAGUGCGGAUGGGUUUUGGAAUUCGAUUAUCGAAGCUGCGUUUUAAUGCAUCGAAGAAAUUGACUAUGCGGGAAUUUUGUUGUUCGCAUCAGGGAAAAAAUCCUAAGACAAAAAAACCUUCAGUACGUGUUGGUUGUGGCGCUAUGUUGAGGAUUAAUAGACCAACUGAUGAGGGGUCGUGGACAGUGACUAAGUUUGUAGAGGACCAUAACCAUGAGCUUAAGGAGACAAUUGGUGUGACUAAGAAUUACAAGUCACAUAAUCAAAUUGAUGAGGGGACUAGACAUGUCAUUGCCGACAUGGUGGAUAGCGGUAUGAGGUCGACCAACAUGUAUGGUUUAUUGUCAGGGUUUUGUGGAGGAGCUUCAAUGGUCCCGUUCUCACGUAGGAUGAUGGACAGACUAGCUUAUGCUAUCAAGAGGGAUGAGUGCAGUGAAGAUGUAGAGCUGACCCUUGAUCUUUUCAAAGAGUUGCAGAGCAAUUCCAGCAAUUUUUUCUAUAGUGUGCAAGUUGACAAGGCAUGCCGUGUGAAGAAUAUAUUCUGGUCUCAUGCUGUAUCGAGGAGGAAUUUUCAGGCCUUUGGUGAUGUUGUGACGUUUGAUACUACAUAUAAGACUAAUAGUUACAACAUGCCAUUUGCUCCGUUUGUAGGAGUAAAUAAUCAUUUUCAGAGCAUAUUGUUUGGGUGUGCAUUACUUAGAGAUGAGACAGUUGAGUCUUUCAAUUGGUUGUUCUCUACGUUCAGGAAGUGCAUGAAUGGAAAGGAGCCGCAGUGCAUACUUACCGAUAAUUGCCAACAGAUGGCAGCCUCUAUUAAAAAAGUUUUUCCAAAAGCAUCUCAUCGUGUUUGCAAGUGGCAUAUACUUAAGAAGGUGAGGGAAAAUUGUGGAAAUAUCUACAGCACUAGAGAAACAUUCAAAGAAGACUUUCACAAGGUGUUAACUCAGAUGUUGACAGUAGAUGAGUUUGAGGGGGCAUGGAAGGAAUUAAUUUCCGAGUAUAAGCUGGAAGAUUGUGUGUAUCUGAAGCAGAUGUGGGAUAUCAGGGAAAAGUGGGCAUUCCCUUAUUUUGGGCACUUGUUCUAUGCUGGAAUGACAACUACACAGAGGAGCGAGUCAGUUAAUUAUGUCUUGAAAAGGUUUGUCAUGCCGGCCUCUUCGAUGAAUGGUUUCGUAAAGAAGUAUGAGAGAUUCUUCAUAGACAGAUUACAGAUGGAAGAUUAUGAGGAAUUUCAUACUAAACAUGACAAAGUUGUUAUGAAGACUAGAUCACCAUUGGAAAGACAUGCUUCAAAGGUAUAUACUCGUGGUGUAUUCAACUUAUUUGUGGAGCAGCUAUCGGAAAGUUUGUCCUUCAAGGUCGUCGCCACUGAUGAGGAGAGUGUUUUUAAAAUAGUACGUAUUGGGGGUUUUGCUCGGAACAUCUGGCGACGGCACCAUUAUGAAGUGUAUGCAGACCUUGAAAGCAUGACAUUUUCGUGUGUAUGUAAGAUGUUUGAGCACAAGGGUAUACUGUGUUGUUAUGUGCUUAGUGUCCUGAUACAUGAUGGCUGUGCUGAGAUCCCAGAGCAGUAUGUCUUGAAGCGAUGGAGGAAGGAUGCUAGAGACUGUGUGCCUUCAUUCCUGGAGGGUUACAAAGAUGAUGUCGAUGCCGCUGCUUCACAGACGUACAGACAUCUGGUGCUCCAUACAACAUCAGAGGAGGUAACUCGUCUUGGUAACAAAUACAUGAAGGCUUACAAGGUUGCCAUGGAAGACCUAUCUCAAUUGGUGGAAAAACUUAGAAAGGUCUGCCUGGAGGAAGAGCAGGCUAAUCUGGAAGGGGCAGAAGUUCAAGGUGAGGGACAUAAUCAGACGCAUGAUCCUACAAUAGCUGAUGGUGAUAGAACCUCAGGAGAAGGAGAUAGUACUCCCCAUGUCCAUGAAGUCAGUGAAGGCCCAUUCGAGGAAGGGGUGAGUAUGGAAGAUAUUUUGCCACCUAUAAAGAAUCGUCCGAGAGGCAAGCCAAAAACUACAAGAUGGAAAACUGGUGGGGAAGCAGCUAGUACAAAGAAGAGUGGUAAGAAAGUGGGUGGCAGUAGUGAUAGCACAAAGCAAGGUGGCAAUGCUUCUGGGAAGAAAGAGUCUGACAUCAUUAGGUAUUGUGGAGACUGUGGUGACCCGGGACAUAAUAAGUCUACAUGUGGGAAGCCGUCCACGUACAAGAGGAAGUAUGUUUACAAGGAAUAGUUGCGUUUAUGGGGUUUUAUUUUUUUAGUUAUAUUUGUGACUGAAUAGGUUGUAAGGACCAUGUGUUGCGAAUUCUGGAAUAUGUCUUUAUUCUAGCCUUGAUUGGUUUGCAUUGUUACUGCAGAAGUUUGCGUGAACAGUUUUCAUACAUUAAUGGUACUGGUUAUCAGUAUUUCUGUAGAUAUAGUCGACACAAUUUGUGAAAAUGGAUG